UAUUUACGCCGUAACGAUCCGCCGAAAUGCGCUAGCGUAGACCCAAGAACGGCAGUUGAAAACUACAUGAACAGUAAACACGUGAAUGAGCUCUUUCUGUACCUGACGGGAAAACUAAUUAUUGAUGCACCUGAUAAACCGCUGGAUUACCUCAUUGACUUGGUCAGAACAUUAGACACCUCACAAGGGUUGAGUGGCGUUAACUUCUGCCAUUGA